GGAAGUCCGUUAGUCGAUGAGUGUCGAUUUCGAGAUAAAAUUGGGGCCACCUCAAAAUGGGUGUUUACGUCAACUGGUUUCGCAAGUUUAAAAUCAAAUGGAAGUUCAUCAUAUAGAGUCUAACUCAUAGCUUCACAGCUUUUAUUUAUGAGACGAUGCUUUUGAAUUUUGAUCAAAAGGAUUCAACUAUUGUAUCCGCAGGACUCCCUUCCGAAAGAAGCACUGCAAAUAUAUUUGAUGGCCCUCUCUGGCCGAGUACUUCUUCCCACCACUUUCAUGAAAAGUUGCUAAUUCACUGGAAGUUUGUUUUGGUCGAUGAGGUCGCCAUCUUUGAACGGGGAAUACUAGCCCUAAGCAGACGUUUUUCGUCGUCAAUUUUGUUUAUACUUUUCGCCUUUACCGACAGUCGUAUAGAGACGGACAGUAGUGCAAUAGACAUGACGGAUUUAGUAUUGGAUUUCGGAGAUAAAAUUUCUCUGAACAUGGGAAAACAGACCAUAAAUAUACAAGUGCAUGGUCGCUCUAACGAAGAUCACGAGGAAAAAUUCACUAUAUUAUCGCUCAAUGACGAUGUUUUCCAGGAAAUCCUUUCUCAUUUACCUUAUGAUGAAAUAGCAAAACUCAGAUUGGUUAAUCGGCAGUUCAAUGAUGUAUGCCAAAAAAUUCUGAACAAAGGUUUCUUGUCUGUUCAGCGAUACCACAAUCGCUGCCUCAAAGAGAUGAAAGCCAAGUUGCCAAGAAGGGAGUCAGAAAGAAGAACACACCCUCUUGCCAGACAUAUUGAUGUCUUGACAGGAAUUGAGACACGCCUGUCUCUCCUGUCCAUGACAUAUUACAAGUACACGGUGCUUGGGGUGUUUUGUUUCAUCCCUGGGAAAGUACUGGAUGAAUGUUACAGAGUCCUGAGAGAAGUUGUAGUUCACAAAAAUCCGCCCAAGUCUUACGAGCUUCUACAAGAACUUCGAGAUAUUUCUUCAAUGGCAAUGGAGCACUUUGAAGAGCACAUAGUUCCCACUAUGAAACGUAACCAAAUGAUCAACACUGCGAUUCGCAAUAACUCGCCUCGUUUCAUCCGUUGUCUUGCGGAUGCCGAUGACAGCGAUAGCGAAUCGAAUUUGCCGUCACCGUCCACCUCUGCCAGUUGCACACCACUCGCGAGCAAAACUCUAAAUAAUUUUGUCCGUGCUUCAUUUACUAGCCCUAACACAAAUCAAAGCAGUCUCUCGUCUAAUCUCAAGAUAGAAUUGGCAGUUCAGCAAAAUCGCAUGACGAUCAACAGUCAGAAAAAGCAGAUUAUGGAUCUCAGAACUAAGAUAUUUGAUUAUGGAAGAAAAAUUGCCGAGCAAGACAGAUUAUUAAGUGAAUACAGCCGAAAGCUUAUACAGCUGGAAAAGAAAAUCAGCAGCAAUGAAACCGAGGGCGAUCAUGUUCCAUCGGUCGUAACUCCGCCUCCAAGUGGUCGUAAGAGACCAGCUGAAGACGACGAAGAAACAGUUGCCGAAGAACCUCCAAUCGUGAAACGCGAUAUUCUUAGGACUGUCAAAGGGCAAAAAUCUGUCGUUUCUAGUUUUUCGAUGUCACUGCGUAGUCGCAAGAGUUUACAAUAAAACGACACCAAUAGAGAGAAACAUCGUGUUUGUAACUAGACGGACCACAUUUCAUUUAAUUAUCAAUUGUCUGUUUUGGGGGUUUAUUUAUAACAACACCAUCUUUUUAAUAGCUGUCUCCGAAAUUGUUUUUCUACGAUUCGUUCAGAAAGUUGUCGACAGUUGAAUUUGUACGAACCGUACUAAACCUUGAAUAUACCAUCGUGGACAUAGA